GGACAACAAGCCGCUGACGGCAGCGGGUCACGUGACGCUGCGUGGGCCGAAGUGGCAACAGCUGGAGCGGAGCAGAUAUAGGCAGGAGGGGUCGUUUGCGGCGCGUGGCCGGGCGGGCGUCUUGCUGGAGCCUGGGAGGUCGCUGCUGCUUGCUUCCCUUACUCCUGCAGUGAUCCAGUUUUCCGUAAUGUAUCAAGAACGGGAUUCAGCUGCGCAAGAGGGUGCAAAUUUGAAGACGAUUGAAGAAGAGUACAAGGAAGCAUUUGUGUUUGUUAAUAAAGCCCUGAAUGCAGAUGAGCUUGGACAGAAGGAAGAAGCAAGGAAUUAUUACAGGCAGGGUAUUGACCACUUGCUCAGGGGAACUAGCGUCCCGUCCCAAGGUCACGAAUGCACCGGGGACCGAUGGGAGUCUGCCAGGCAAAUGCAGCAAAAAAUGAGAGAGACGCUACAAAACGUUACUGCACGCCUAAGCGUUCUAGAUGAAAAUGCACAGCCUAAACCCAUUGCCAUGUGUCCUCCUAUGGAAACACCCAGGAUAUACCCAACAAUUCCAGCCAAAGAAAAGCCAGAGAGGCCUCCUGUGCCGAAUUCACUGAUCACUCCAUCACACCAGGCUGCAGCAGGUGGAAAUGCUGGAUGUACAAGCCAAGGGCAAGCUGCUGUGAUGAGUCCUUCGUCUGCAAUGCCCAGUGAAGAACCCCCAGCUUAUACACCUGAGGCCACGGGUGGGCACUACACUGUGUCAUACGGGACAGACUCUGGGGAGUUCUCCUCGGUAGGAGAUGAUUUCUACACGAAAUGCACACAGCCCCCUCCUGUUCAGACGUUAGGGGUAGAUGCUGACGAACUGAUCCUCAUUCCCCACGGGGUGCAGAUAUUCUUUGUGAGUCCUGACGGACAAGUGAGUGCUCCCUCAUAUCCCGGAUACCUUCGCAUUGUGAAGUUCUUGGACGCGGAUGCAGCAGCGGCCCAGAAUCGCCCCCCUGCUUUCCUUCAGGUUUGUGACUGGCUGUAUCCUCUUAUGUGCAACCAGUCUCCUGUCCUCUCCUGUAGCACAGGAGUCUACAUGUUCCCUGACUUGAUGUCGCAGGUGCCAGGAUCCUAUGUGGGAGUAGUGUUAUCUUCAGAACUUCCAGCUGCUGACAGAGAACUGUUUGAAGAUCUGCUGAAACAGAUGUCUGACCUUAGAGUGCAGGUUCCAGGAUCCCAUGAGGGACUAGGGUUACCGUCCCAACGCUCAAGAUCUUACACAGAGGUUUUUGAGGAUCUGUUUAAACAAAGAUCUGAUCUCAGAGCCAAGCCUGCAGAAGCUUCUAGUGAUGCGAUUAACCUGGCCGAGACUGUACGUAUUCAGCCAGCAUCUGAAGAGACAGAAAGAGAGUUACCUGACUGGAGUGAGAAAAUGGCCCAUGGAAUCUUAACAGGAGCAUCCUGGGUAAGCUGGGGCCUGGUCAAAGGAGCAGAAUAUACCGGGAAAGCAAUCCACAAGGGAGCUUCCAAACUAAGAGAGCACAUUCAGCCAGAGGAAAAUCCAGUGGAAGUCAACCCAACCGUCGCUAAAGGGCUGCAUGUAGCCAAGCAGGCUACAGGAGGAGCUGUGAAAGUCAGCCAGUUCUUAGUGGAAGGUGUGUGCUCUAUAGCAAGUUGUGUGGGAAGAGAGUUAGCCCCCCAUGUCAAGAAGCAUGGAAGCAAACUGGUUCCAGAAUCCCUUAAGAAAGACAAAGAUGGAAAAUCUACUUUCGAUGGUGCUCUGGUUGUUGCAGCAAGUGGUGUUCAAGGGUUUUCAACAAUAUGGCAUGGUUUGGAAAGCGCUGCAAAGUGCAUUGCUAAAAAUGUGUCUAAAGAGACGGUUCAGACUGUCAAGUACAAGUACGGGGAUGAUGCGGGCCAUGCUACUGACAACGCAGUGAGUUCUGCUAUCAAUGUUGGUGUGGCAGCUUUCAAUAUCGACAACAUUGGAAUCAAAGCUAUAGUGAAGAAAACUGCAAAGGAGACAGGCCAUGCUGUGUUGGAUGAAUAUAAAAUCAUAGAAAAGAACGAGAAAAAAGAAGAUGGAUAUUGAAGACACUGUGUGAAUAAAUUACCCAAAGCCUUAAUUUAUUACGUAAUUUAUUUAAAAAGAGUUGAACUGAUUAACAAGUGUUGUAUUUCUAACUCCUAAGAUUGCUGGAUUUAAAUAUAUCAUACCUGGGAAGUCUUUGAAAAUGAGUGAUUUUUUGGAAUCUCUAAGUCCAGUAUUAAUGUUAGAGCUAGAUGAUGGAAAUGAAUUUGCAUUAGAAUCAAACUUCCACGAGGAGGGCUUAAAUGCCUUUUUUCAAAUAAAUUUGGAAUUAGAUUCUAGCUUCAUGUAUAGAGGGACUAUUUUUGUAACUGUUUUCUAGAGAAUUCUUUUCAGAAAGCUAAUGAUUUGAAUAGUGGCUGAAACUGAACUUGUCUGAUCAAAUAGUAUGCACUUUUUAGCUUUAAAUAAACUGACUAGGCUUGAGUAAUUCCUCGUAAAAACUAGGAAAAUCCAAACACUUAAGACAAACCAAAGACUGGAAUACUGCUAUUUCCUGGAUUAGUGUAUCAGAGUCAACCAAACUUUGGUGUAAUCCUAGGUUUCAUUGAAAUACGUGGCAAUUUUUUUUGCCUACUCCGGUAGCAAGGACUUGGAUUCAUUGUACUUUGUGUUAUCCAGCCAGUGUGUGGGAACAAUGUUUGCUCUGAGACCACUAAAGAAAAGGUUGGGCUCUGUAAAAGCUUUAAUGGUUACUCCCUGUAUUUGUUAUAUGGAAUUGUUGCACUGUAACUUGUCUUAUUGAAAAGCCUGUAUUCAGAAAUGAUUAUUGUUGCCUUGUGAUGGAAUGCAAUGCAUUUCAUUUUAAGAUAUUCAACUUCACCCCCAUCAUUACCUAGGGAUUCAUCUGCUAUUAAUGUGGGAAUUGUGAGUCCCUUACUAUGCUUGCUUCAGAUUUCUGACUUCAAUUUCUGUGAAGUUUUGUAGAUACUAAAAAUUGUAGUGCUGUAGUCUGCAACAGAGAAAUGAUUGCACUUUGGAGGGACACAUCCACUGGUUAAGAAGCUAACUACUUGAAAUGUUGUAUGGAUUGAAAACUAUAAAUAAACUUUAACAUGCA